AUGGAAUCAGAAGAUUUAACAGAUAAAGAGGAUCUUGAUAUAAAAAAGAAAUUUGUCGAAGCUGACAGUAUAAACAAAAAAGCAGCACUAAAAUUUUUGUCAAUGCCUCAAAAUAAAUAUUGUAGUAAAUUAAUUGAUGUACAAGAAAUAACAAAACGUCUUGAAGAUAAAAGAAACCAAGAUACAAUGAAAAAUCAAUUCAUUGUCAAAAAAACUGUUUAUCGGAAAAAUGAUAAUAAGAGUGAAUUGAAAUUUGUAAUUGUACUAAUUGAGUAA